AUGACGAUGAGAGAGCUAAUAGGCGCCGACGUGCUUCUCCGCGCGGCCCUCCUGGCUGUGCUGGCGCUGCAAGCCGCAUCUGGACAGAAUGCCACGUUGUUCAAACAAGAUAAUCUCUUAAGAUACUACUCUAAGGAUUCCCUUUCCAAUUUUACCGAAUUUACAAGUAAUUAUGGAUAUUAUUCUGAAGAACAUGUAGUGGUCACUGAAGAUGGAUACAUAUUGUUUUUGUUUCGUAUACCUAAGGGGAAAAACUGCAAUGGGACAAUAGCGGAACCGCCAAUUUUGAUGAUGCAUGGCUUACUGAUGAGCGCAGAUGCGUGGCUGGACGCCGGACCUUCAGCCGGGCUGGCGUUCCUUCUGGCAGACGCGUGUUACGACACGUGGGUCGGCAACGUGCGUGGUAACUACUAUGGAAGACGACACCGCAGCCUCGAUCCGGAUACCGAUUCCGAAUUCUGGGACUUUAACACCGAGCAGAUGGGCGUCUACGAUCUCCCAGCGAAUAUCGACUAUGUGUUAAACCACACCGGGUCAAAGGAUCUCAUGUUCAUUGGCUUUUCGCAUGGUUGUAGACAGGUGUUCACGAUGGCCUCGGAGACCUCAGGGUAUGUGGACAAAGUAAGGGUUGCGAUAAAUUUAGCGCCAGCGGUAAGAGUUAAGUACACCAGAAGUAUAUCUAUACGGUUGUUGACAGAAUUUUAUGCCGCAGUGUCACCGAUAUUGAAAACUCCACGACAACUUGAAGUUUUAGAAAAAGGCGGUUUGAUUCAAACAGCUUCUGCUUUUAUUUGCAAAGAUAACGCGCUGGCGAGUACGGUUUGUCAAUUGUUUUUGGCGUUAAUAGAUUCUUACGACCCGGGUUCUGUAUUGCCAGAAACGAUACGCUCACUGUUCGGCCACUUCCCGGCGGGUACAUCAGCUUACACGUUAGCGAUUUACGGUCAGGGCGUGAUCUCAAAAAACUUUCAAAAGUAUGACUAUGGAUUUAGUAAAAACUUGCAAUUGUAUGGUAGUCCUAUUCCACCGCUGUAUAACCUGAAAAAGUCAACGAUGCCUGUGGUGUUGAUUUAUGGGAAAAACGACUUCUUGGUGGACCCGCGGGAUGUAAAGUGGUUGUCCAAGCAGCUGCCCAACAUGCUGGAGACAUAUGAGGUUGGUCGCACCACGUGGAAUCAUUUGGACAACAACUACAGCCAGUUCUCGAAGCGACUGAUCUUUCCCAAAAUAAAUGAAUACUUGCGUAAAUACAGUACUCGUGUAUAG